UUCAUCUGUGCUUGAGGCAACCUCAAUUAAAUAUUCAUGGCUGAAGAAAUGGUGGUUGACAACGGAGAGUUCGAGGAUUGGAGCGGAUCAAAGCCGGAUCCCGGAAGGCAUGGCGGUGUUACGGCUGCAUGCAUUGCCUGUGUGGUUGAGGCGUUAGAGAACAUGGUGUUCUUAUCCAACGCCACCAACUUCGUCGCCUAUUUUCUCAAGUCAAUGCAUUACUCCGCUGCGGAAUCUGCAAACAUGGUCACUAAUUUCAUGGGGACCUCCUUUUUGCUGACGAUAUUUGGAGGUUUCGUCAGUGAUUCUUUCCUCACAAGAUUCAAGACAUUCAUCUUCUUUUGCACUCUCGAGUUACUGGGACUCAUCCUGCUGACUAUUCAAGCUCAAAACAGCCGAUUGUUGCCGGUUCUAAACAAGAAGCCUUCCAAGACCCAAGAGGCUAUCCUUUACAGCGGCCUUUACGCGAUAGCGGCCGGCGUUGGUGGGGUUAAGGCGGCCUUGCCUGCUCAUGGGGCUGAUCAGCUUAACCACAGCAACAAGGGUCUCAUCUCUUCCUUCUUCAAUUGGUUCUUCUUUUCUCUGUGUUUUGGUGGCCUCAUUGCCUCCACUAUCAUGAUCUGGAUCGAAGAAAAUCUGGGUUGGAAUUGGAGUUUCAAGAUAUCAGUGGUCACACUAAGUGCAGCACUCUGCAUUUUCACAAUGGGGUUCCCGAUUUACCGAUACAAACGCCCCGGUGGAAGUCCACUGACCAGAAUUUACAAGGUGUUCGCUUCGGCUAUCGGAAACAGGAAAAUGUCGCCACCGGAGGCAGAGAAUACUCAAAUUUAUAAUGAAAAGAGAAACCAUGAUAAGCUCAGGUUCCUAAACAAAGCGUUAAUCGGCGAUUCGGUUACUGUCACCGAGGUCGAAGAAACAAAGACAUUCUUAGGCCUCCUCCCCAUCUUUGCAAGCACCAUUAUGAUGAACUGUUGCCUAGCUCAAUUGAUGACAUUCUCAGUUCAACAAGGAAACAUCAUGGACAGAUCGCUUAACAAUUUCAAAAUCCCAACUCAGUCGUUGUCAGUGUUCCCUUUAUUCAUCAUGCUGGCCUCGAUACCGCUGUACGAGUAUUUCAUUCGCAUGUUACGAUUAAAGAACAACCGUCCGAGGAUGCUUAACAUGUUCCAACCGCUUCGGCGGAUCGGACUCGGGCUGGCUCUGGCAUCGGGGUCGAUGGCUGCUGCUGCUAUGGUCGAGGUUAAGAGGCGCGAGGCAGCGACUAACGGUGUCAUCUUAUCCGUUUUCUGGCUCGGAUGGCAGUACUUGUUACUCGGCAUAUCGGACAUGUUGACGCUGGGGGGAAUGCUCGAAUUCUUCUACUCCGAGUCUCCGGAUAGCAUGCGGAGUAUGAGCACGGCGUUGUCGUGGUGCUCGACGUCGAUGGGGUACUUUAUCAGCUCGGUGCUGGUAACGGUAUCCAACUCGGUGAGUGGACAUUUCGGGAAAGAAUGGCUGGGAGGAAUGGAUCUGAAUCGUACACGUUUGGAUCUGUUUUACACCCUCCUUUGCAUCCUUAACUUCAUCAAUUUGAUUAACUAUAUUUUCUGGGCUAAAAGUUACUGAAAAAUAUUAGAGAAACAAGAACAAUACUAGUUGUUUAAACUAUGCUUAAUCAGUAUUGUAAAGCUUAAUGUUGCAUUAAUUAAUGCUUCUUGUUCUAAGACUAUGUAUAUGGCACAGUUGAAGAAAUAGAACUAUACAUGUAUGUAACUGUAAAUAAA